AUGGCUUCACUACAUUCUCUACCGAUUGAGUUGGUUCAGGAGAUUGCAAAUAAGCUGGAUGAAGACGAAAUACUUGCUCUUCGCCUUGCAUGCAAAGACCUCGAUUCUAAGACGCAUGAAGCUCAUUUGGAAUCCAAAUACCGAACGCGGCGAGUGUUCUUUGUCCCCGCCGGUCUCGAUAAUCUGUUAAAGAUAUCACGACACCCUUCUGGAGUCAAUAAAAGGGUGAAGGAGAUCAUCUUUUUCGGAACUUCCCCAUAUUAUUGUAUAUCAGACCCAGACCCUCUGCUACCUGGCCAGAUACCUAGAUCGGAAUCGGCUAGUAUCGUUUUAUCCAGAUUGGACUCCGCUUCACAGCUUGACUUCGCGGAGCUCCAGGAGAUCGAUCGUCAAGAUUCCGGAGAAGAUACGAGUAUGCUUGCUCUCGCAUUUACGAAUCUUCCUGAGCUUCGAUCAAUAAGGUUCCAUUCGCACCCUUGCUAUGAACAUCCAAACCUCACUCGCUCCGAAUUCAAUUUAUUCUACCCGACUGUACUCGGACUGAAUUCGAAACCUGGAACCCAUAUCCCCACAGGUUUCACGGAUGUAGCAAAUACUAUACUUAGACGCCACUGGGGCCUCAAAAACAGUUGGUCCAAGUUUAUGGCAGCCGUAGUGACAGCCGGUCUCAAGAAUAUCACCCGGAUUCAGAAUACACACUUUUGGAAUGAAAAGGGCCACGAAAUCCCUCUAAACGACUUUCUCCCCUCGCAACCCCGCCGCCUCGCCCGACUACGGACGCUAUUUGCGAAUUUGAAGGUUCUCGAAAUAGUUCUAAGGACUUAUAGUCGUAGUAACGUUUCUGUUAUGAAACGUGUUCAGCCCUGGCUUGAAGCCAUAGGCGCAAUGCUCGAGGUCCUCGACCUUAGGCUAAUCAGAAUAUCCUUCGGUGGACCUACAAUCUAUGCGAUGAAUGUAUUCGCUCUGCCAAUGCUCUCUUUCCUCAAGAUGGUUACACUCGAGAAUUUCAAUUUCGAUCUGGAGAACUUUAAGCAAGUUUUAAUCAAUUGCAAGGAUACUCUUGUUAGCCUGAAGAUCACCAAGUGUAAAUUUUAUAACAAUAAAGAGGGCUGGUUCGUUGUCCUUCAGCUUCUUAAACGAGAGGUCAGAAGCUUGAAGUUUUUUCAAUUGAGAGGUCAGUCUGAAGCAUGGUAUGAAACUGAUAUGGAACCCCCUGAUUACGUCUUGCCAGACCUCCUCUCCGUCGAGGGCUGUUGGGCUUGUGAGAGUACGGUGUGUUUGGUCGGGCUCGACUUCGCCGAUGCUCACACUGUUGUUAUUUCUAAGCAGAUAAGUAAGGAACUUGAUACUCAUAGGCAUCAUGAUGACUUUUGGGAUUCGAUAACCAACGGCGAAUGGAAGUCAGAAGUCCGCGUGGCUACCACGAGACGUUAA